AUGCCUUACCUCAAUGAGUCGAACGAAUGGCGCCUGCUCGAUGAGCUUGGGCGCCUGUUGGACCAGAGGAAGUCGCGAUACCCUGUGUCAACAGGGCCGCUCAGGAAUCACAAGGGAGUGGAAGUCAAUGCCGAGUUAAUCGAAGUCGAACUCCGCCGCGUAUUUAUCGUCAAGCAGAUAUCUCGGAACUUGGAACCAGAAGAGUUCGACCAGUUCCAAGAAAAAGUGAAAAGCCUCUGCUUGCUGUUAGAUGACCUUGCACGGUCUCCUAACACCCACGUUGGAACCGAAAGUUUGGCUUAUCCCCGUCUACGGGCAUUGACUAUGCUUGUGGAAUCAACAACUGGAGAGCUUGACCUAGCAUGCGGGCCUAAUGAAACGCUGUUUCAACUUCCUCGCAGCGCUCACGAGCUUCGCAAAUGCCAGCGGGUUAUCGAUGAAUAUAACAAUGUCCUUGGUCGACUGCUCGGACCCCCUUCGCAAAACCCACAUACUGGUCAAGGAAAGUCGCUGGUGCUACAUAUCAACGAUAUUGACACGUUCGAGCUGUUCGGUACCUGGACGAGUCCUACUUCCUCUGUCAUGAGUUCGUCACUAGAUGAGUCUCUUGACCAACUUAUCCUAAAGGGGGCUUUCAGGCCUUUUAACCCGGCCAUAUCCGACGAGAUGUUACCAGCCAGAUUCAGCACUAAAGAUAGGCGAGCGCUUGCUGUUAAGCUUGGGUUUUGUCUUAUGAACUUCUUUGACGCCGACCUUACCUCAAAAAGGAUCCAUCUCCUGGAUUGCCUACCAUACCUAGCUUUUGACUCGGAGCCCCCAGCGACGACCGACUCAAAAAGCUUCCAGAUAGGCCACCCCACACUACUAUCUUUUGCAAAGCUAUUGCUAGAACUUGACUUUGGCACAAAUAUCGAUAUAGACAUAAGUCCAAACAAUAGUGGAAAUCGUCAGGCUUGGGUUGAGCUCUUGUGUCGCGCAGAACUUCUUCAACAAGAUAGAAACGAUUGGUAUGACGACGCCAUCAGAGGCUGCCUAAUGGUUCACCAUAACAUAACAAUGGCGUUGUCGUCUCUCGACAACAAGCACAAAGAUGUGGAUUCAAUAAUAAGAGAACAGCUCUACGAGCAAAUUGUCCAGAAACUUAAGCUUGGACAUGAUUCUGGAUAUGGCUCUACUCGCAAACGGCAACGAUCAGAGUCGCCACCUCGGUCUGACCACUGGAACGAGGGUCAAGAUUCUGGCUCUGCAAAAACGACCACGCCGUCUUUGAAACUUGAACGAGCAAUGUCUGAAAACAAAAAACAACGCCUCACCGAGCCACAGACUUUUCCUACUGUGUCUGGACUAAUACAUGGAGAAACUAGCGACUUGGGCAACAGCAAUACCCUAGUCAAGGGCUUUGCAGACUCGAACCCGAGGAUUAUGUUCUCUAUGCGACCUUCUCGCCGCGACGACUUUGAGAUUGCAAUCAUAUGCGCGCUAAAACAUGAAUACGAUGCGGUUAGCUACAUCUUUGACGAGUUCUGGGACGAAGAUGGUGACCAGUAUGGACGAGCGGCUGGAGACACCAACCAUUACGCGACUGGUCGUGUGGGCAAUUACAACGUCGUUCUAGUUCUCUUGGUGGAGAUGGGCAAGACCAACGCAGCUACCGCAGCAGCUAGUAUGCGAUCGAGCUACCGCGGCUUGCGGCUUGCCCUCCUCACAGGAGUAUGUGGCAGUGUGCCGCAUGGCCAAUAUGGAGACAUCUUCCUAGGAGACGUCAUCAUCAGCAAGACCGUCGUCCAGUAUGGUUUUGGCUGGCAAUAUCCAAACAUGUUUGUACGAAAGAACACUGACGAAGACGAACUUGGCCGGCCAAAUAAGGAUAUCCGCAGUUUGGUCGCCACAUUCGAGACCGAUCGGAUCCGCGAUCAGCUCGAACAGCGAACAGACCAUUUUCUCAAACAGCUCCAAGCCAACGUUGCCCGGGGAAAACGACAUGGAAAGUACGACUAUCCUGGAAUAGUAAAGGACAAUCUAUUCGAGCCAAGCCAUCGCCACAAGCAUCACGUCUCGCCGACUUGUGUUUGCCACGAUUGCUUCGAUGGGUCGGACUCUGUUUGCGAUAGGGCACUCAUUUCAUCGUGUGCGGACCUCGGCUGCAACAAAGAACAACGCCAUAUUGCAAGGAACCGGUUCCAGGCGAUACAACAGCUAGAACACGACGGAGUCGGCGAUUCUCCGCAGCCCGCGGUAUAUGUGGGAGCCGUCGCAUCGGGAGACAAGGUGAUCAAGUCGGCAGGGGAACGGGACAGGCUUACGAGAGAAGCAGGAGUGAUUGCCUUCGAGACGGAGGGCGCUGGGGUCUGGGACGAGCUGCCUUGCAUCGUGGUCAAGGGGGUGUGCGACUAUGCGGACAGUCACAAACACGAGGAGUGGCAGAACUAUGCGGCGGCGGUGGCGGCGGCGGCAUCCAAAGCUGUUUUGAAGUUCUAUACUCGAACUGACAAGCCCUGA